CCUGCCGUGACAAGAUGGCGGCGCCCUUAGCGCAGCAGCUGGAGGAGCUGCUCAACCCCCGGCCCAGCUUCCGCGACCCCGAGGACGACGCGGAGGAAGCUACAGUUGCUAAAGUGAUUGACAGAUUUGAGGAUGAAACUGCAGAUGACGUUUUACCUGUUGGUAACAUACGGAAAAAAGCUUCAGCCUCUCUCUUGGAAGCUGAUAAAAGGUACAGUGGAAAAGCAACAUCCCGCAAAGCUUUGCAGGAAGAACUCUGGGGAGAUGCUGUAUCUGAAGAAGGAUCUGCUGAAGAAGCAUUAGAUGACUGGUACAGUGGCAGCGAGGAUUCGGAAGAGAAUGGCAGCUUAGGCACUAAAACCAAGGAGAAGCUGAACAGUGCUGGCAGUGACCAAGAGGAUGACUUGGAAGAUGAUGAAGAGACAGAUCCGUCUGCCAAGACCAAGGAAUCGAAGUUCAGCUUCCAGAACAUCACAGACUUUGAGAAAUUUACAGAGGGGAUGGAUGAUGUUGGAAUCAGUGAAGGGGAAGAUGAAGAUGAAGAUGAUGCCAGCAUGGAAGAAGGAAGUGAUGAGGAGGAAUAUGAGAGUGAAAACCAUGACAGUGUAGAAGAAACCAAAGACCACGAAGAUGAUGGGGGGGUGAUGACAUUCUCAAAAGGACAAGAGACUGAAGAAGUAGAAAAAGGAAAAGCAGUGAAGAAUCAGCUAGCUCUGUGGGAUCAGCUACUGGAAGGGAGAAUCAAGAUGCAGAAGGCGCUUGUAACAGUCAACCGGCUUCCACAGCCAGACACUUACCCAACCUUCAGGAAGGAAGGUGGACAGGAAUUUGACAACGCUGUUGAGAACUGUUGUAAAGCCCUGGAGGCAUUGAUGAAAGUACUAGUGGAGCUUCAGGAUGAGCUGCUUUAUCAAUACCCAGGCACGAGGCAUCUGGUAGAUGGAAAACAAUCCAAAACUGAGAGUGAUGAUGAAAUCCCUAGCAGUAGUGAUGAAGAGCAAGUGGAUAAGGCUCAGGAGAAGAGGAGGAGCCUCCCCAAGCGAAAGCUGAAGCUGGAGGAGUACCCAGACUUCAUAGCCAAGCGCUAUGCUGACUUCAGGACCUAUCGGAACAGUGUCCUGCAGAAGUGGCAUGAGAAGACAAAGCUGGCAUCUGGCAAAGUGGGAAAGGGUUUCGGUGCCUUUGAGCGUUCAAUCUUGACUCAGAUUGAUCAUAUUAUGAUGGACAAAGAGAGAUUACUACGGCGGACACAGACCAAGCGAUCCGUGUAUACAGUGCUGGGGAAGCAGGAACGGGAAUCUCAUCCCAUCCCUGAGUCUUUGCCUGAAAAUUCGGAAGUCCUUCCUGAGUCAGAGUCCAACAGGCACCUGAAGGACAUAGAUGAGGAGAUAUUUGAUGACGAUGACUUUUAUCACCAGCUCCUUCGAGAAUUCAUAGAACGUAAAACCACUUCACUGGACCCCAAUGACCAGGUGGCGAUGGGCAGGCAGUGGCUGGCCAUCCAGAAGUUACGAAGCAAAAUAAAGAAGAAAGUGGACAGAAAAGCCAGUAAAGGGAGGAGAAUCAGGUAUCAUGUCCAUAGCAAGCUGGUGAGCUUCAUGGCACCUAUUGACCACUGUACAAUGAAUGAUGAUGCCAGAUUGAAGUCUUGGAGUCACCUGCUUCCAGUAACUGGCUUCCUAACACCUCCAGUGAUGUAUGGGGAGAAAAGAGCCCUCCACAGCAAGAGAGACCCAGCUCAGCUGCAGAGACUUGCCUGGAACCAGUUGCUGUGUGAAAUCACAGAGGGUUUGAAUGCUGUUUAACAGCAGAACAGGUACACCUGUGUGUGGGGAUGGGUCUGGCUGGGUUCUACCACCCUGCACAAAGCAGAUCCUGCAGCUCCAUGUGAGGGGCUGCUCACAGAACUAUUCCUUUGGGAAAGGGGUUUCUUUUGUGACUUGCUGUUUUAAAGCAGGGCAUAAAAAGUGUGGUAAUGCUGCUAAACCCAGCUCCUCCAACUGCUGCUCCCAGGAGCUCUGCUGCCUUUCUGCCCUGUCUUUAGGGAGCUGCUGGCUCCAGAAGCCAUCAGAGCUUUUCUCUUCCCUGUUCCUCCCCGGUGCUGGUCCUCACCCCUCUGGAUCGAUGCAGGGAGCGGCAGCAGCAUGGGGCAGGCUCCAGCCCUGUGCAGAAUGGAGCAUUUUUCUUGGCUUUAGAAAAUAAGCAAGUGCCAAGGUGAGUAUUGACUUUGUGUGGAAAACAUGCGGAUCAUGGAUGAAUAAAUCUUGGUGCUUGCUCACAGCGGAGCAGGAGCUGCAGCUCGCAGGGAAGUGCAUUGAUUUCUCCUGUUCUUCCCCCCCCUGCAGCUCUCUGGUCAGGAUUUGCCAGGUGGAAAACACACUGAAUGUCACCGUUGGCUCCUCUCUGCUCCCUUUCUGUUGCUGAUGACCUUGUGCACAGCAAGAGAGCCCAGCAGCACUGCUCGUCCCUCUGUGAAGGUGCCGGAGUCACAGGUAAAGCAACAUGCAGGGAGCUGUGGGGAGAAGGGCCCGGAGGCUCCAUGGCUGCAGGGAAUGGCUGAUCUUUAAGCCACCAGUGCUGGGAUAUGGUGAGUAAUCCCGUGUUCAUUGGUGAGCCAGUUGGUUUAGUUUAGGCUGAUGCCUGUCAGCGGCCUCCUCUUGGUGUAACCAUCAUCCAAGGCACCUCCUGGCAAUGGUUCUGUCCUCUGUCUAUCCUCCAUUAGUUCCAGCUCCCCAGCAGACACCGGUGUCCCCACCCCUUGAACUGUACCUGCACUGAUUUCUCAGCAGCAGCAAAGCUGUGUGGUCUUCCAACAUCAUUAAAAUCUCAUGGUUUAAUAACCACCAUUCUGGAAGGCAUCAAGGGAAGUAAAUCGGCUGCUUCCAGAGUUGGUGGUGGUGGAAUGGGUUCAUGCUGCUUGCACUGUCAGUGCAGGCAUUAAGGGUGUUUAACAGAGAACACCAUGGCCCUGACCUACUCUUGGUUUGCUGUGCUGGCAGGUUGUUGGGGUGCUGCUGGUGCUGUGCCACCCCUUUCUGCUUGACUCCUGUGUCCUUUACACUCCUAGCACCAGGGCAUUCCAUGUUUUACCCUUUUUUCCUGUUUGUGAGUGGGAGCUGGCUGUAGUGUUAAAGGGUAACACAAAUGCUUUACAUCUGAUAACUGCUCAUUCGCAUUGUUCGAGGAGAUAAGUCAAAGCCCUACUAAGCAUGCUUUUGAAUUCACUUAUCAGUGCUUAACCAGCCUUUUCUCCUGCUGUCCCCUGUCACCACCUGGGUAGGGGCUGCAUGGGGAGAACCUGGACUGGCAGUGCCCGCUCACGAGUCCCGUUUCAUCUGCUGAUGGUGCUGUUAAGAGCAGGGCUUUACUCCUGCUGUCGGAGCGGUCGCUCGCCUGGAUUGGAGUGUGCUGCAGGAGGAGGUGCAGCCUGUGUAAUCCCUGAGCAGCAACGCAGCAGAGAGGCUCCAGAGGUGACGUGCCCAUGCCCAGCAGUGGGAUGACACAGCUCUGCCCUCCAUGAAGACACAGGUAACCAGGAUGAUUCCCACCCAGUUUUCCUCACGCUGCCAGUUAACAGCAAGGGAGAUGCCUCACACACCACCCUCCACCCCACAGGCUGUUAAUUCAUGAUACAGCUGCUAAUUAGUACCUACACAAACGGGCGUUACACCUUUGCCAGACAUUGCAGAGCAGCUACGCAGUGGAUCGGGGAACGAUGCGUGCGAUGGGAGGGACACAGAGGGGCUGUGUUAAUCCUUCCCCCCCACCUUCCAACAGCAAAGAAUUUCAACUUUCAGACAAACAACUUCAUUUACAAGUGUGUCUCUAAUUAGCUGCAGAAUUAGUAAAGCCGAGUUUUCCCCCCAUAGAUCGGCCGGAGCCCCGGGGGAGGCUGGGGAAUAGAGAGAAUCGCAUUUCCAAUUAUUUUGUUGAAUUGCUAAUUUAGUUAUUGUGCCGGCUGUAAUUGUGAUGGGUAUUGGGUGUGCAAUUCAAUUUGGUUUAAAUAUUUGUGGGAAGGCUGAGCAGUAAUGGAGCUGACCUAUUUCAUGGCCCACAUUGAGAGAAGAGACUAAAACAAAACACAGCACCAGAGCCACAGUUUGCCUCCGUUUGUAUUUUUGAUGUUUCUCAUCCCUCUUAAGACUGUUGCUGCAACAAAAGGUUUGCGUUAAAAGAUGAUGGCACUUU